GCCUUUCUGUUUUCUGUUUCCUGCACCCGCCGCUCGCUGUCCUCACUGUUUCCUGUAUUUCUGCUGCUUUUCUGCCUGGGGACGCUCGAGUGUCGUCCCCUCGCAAAUCUGUCGACGCAGGCUGCAAACGCCGGCCACGAUUUACCGCCUCGAGGCCAGCCUGCAUCCCGCAAAUCGGCCUCCUUCGACUCUGUCGGUUUGUUUCUCAUGGGCAUCUCGUUCGGCGGCCUGGGCGUCCUCUUUUCGCACCACAAACCGCUCGCCGACUGGUCGUCCUAUGUUAUCCCAGGUCAGGUCGAAAUCAGGUCUAUGUUUUUCGCCACCGUGUCAUUGAUCGUCUUACUCUUGCUUGCGUACUUGACCAACCCGUCCGAAAGUUCCUUCAGGACUUACCUCACUGAACAAUCAUUCCGCCAGCACCUCAGUCGUCUCAACGACAGCAGCGAUGAUGAUCGAUUCGAUGCGCAAGACAAUGUCGGCGUUCACUACACUUUGUCGCGCCGCAAAUCUGCCACUCGCCGCCAGCAAGGGGUCGAAACGUCUCCCGUAGUCUUCUCCACCGGUGCCAAAGUCUCCCUCCGCACUCCCAAGCACGUUUUCCACAACUUCGGUAUCCUAACUGUCGCAGCUGUAGUUCCCCUCGGUACCAAGCCUGCCAAUGCGGUGAACGAGCGAAGCAGUCGCUCCGAAGACUUCAGCGGAUCCGCAGUCUGGGACACUUGGUUCAUCGGGGCAUUCGGUAGGUGGUGGCGCGGAGGCACUAUCGAAUCCUGGUGGCAUGACACGCUCGUCGCCACCAAGGACGAAGAAGGGUGUCGCUCGGGUUUAUUCGACAUCAAAGCUUCAGAUCCGUCGGAUCAGUAUGCUGGUCUACCGUAUGCUACGAGUCCACCGCCCCCUCGGUCACCCCCUCGGCUCAGACAACGCGAACGAUCCGCUCAGCUCCCCGCGCGCAGCUCGACUCCGCCGCCUCUGCCCAAGUCUGCUUCUUUGCCGCUGCAUAACCCGGACUAUCGACAGACCAACGGUGAUCGCACGCCCGUCCAACAAUGCAUCCAGUCCUAUCAACCCGCAGUUCCCUCAGAACAAGGUCCCGUCCGGAUUCUCUCCAGCAAUCCAUCCAGCCUAGCAAUAUUCGACCAGUCCCCCGCGAUCGCUGACAUCCUCAGGCAGAUCGAGUCAUCCAAGGCCGCCGUCGACGAGGCGAAGGGCCAGCUCGCGGACCUGCAGAACAGCGCGUCGCAGUCGCACGCUGCGCUCCAGGCUGACCUCGACGAGCAUAGGGAGAGGAAGAGGCAGGAGGAUGUGUCGAAGACCGAGCUCAAGUCCCGCACGAAGCAUCUCGAGGACCUGAAGCGCACGGCUGACAGCAGCAAGCGUGAGGCUGAGAAACGGCUGCGCGCUGCUCAAGCGUCGCGGCAGAGUGCUAUCCAGCGUGUGUCGUACUUGGACAAGGAGAUAGCGGGCUUGCAGGCGCGCAUGGUGGCGGAUGAGGAGGCUAUCGUGAAGAGUAGGCAGAGCGUGGUGGAGAUGGAGAAAGAGGCCGGGGAGACGCUGGAGGGGAAGAAGAAGGAGAUCAAGGUGGCGGAGGAUGUGAUUGCCGCACUCAACGCGCGGACGAAGGAGCUGGAAGAGAUGAUUGCGCAGGAGAAGGAGCGGCUGCAGCGCGCGAAGGACCAGGCGGAGAUCAGGAAGCAGGACCGGACGUUCAUUCCGCUUCAUGUCGUCAACAUGGAGCCCGAGCCCGCGCCAUGGCCACCCAUCUAUUGCGGUCCCCAGGAAGCCCCGGUCCCAGGUGCAGGGGAAUACGAUGUACCUCAACCACCCAGCGUCGCGCAUCCGUCGCCGGAAGUCCGACACGACCAGGGGAGCUCGGAGCACAGCCAGGGCUCUGCCGAUUCGGAUAGCUCUAAGCCUGCAAGGUUGAGUCUUGCCGGGAUCUCCAAUCUCACUUCGUCGUCCGACAACUCGAACCAGCUUGCGCUGCGCGCGAAGGGAUACUCCAUCUUUGACGAUGAUAUCGCUUCCUUGACUCAGCCCCACCACCAGACGAGUUUUGCGCCGUUCGACGCUGACUUACCGUCGCCGGCACUUUCCAUCUCGCCCGGGUCUGCAACUCUAAUCCCCAAUAGCUUGGUGCAGUCCAUCGAAACCUCCGCUGACAACAUACCUGUUUCUGACAACACUGACGCUUAUUUGGAUCGGGAGUGGGCACCAAUGCAGCGCGCUUCGUAUGGCGGCCUCACGACGUCGCCUACUUCACUCACCGGCGGUGCUUACUCUGACGAACACGAUCCGUUCGAGGUUCGCCCGCCCCCCAGAGAGCGUUACCUGCCUAUCCAGCCGGGCUCAGAGCAUCUCGACAUACCUUUCCCAAGUCGAUCCCGGACUGAUCCCUCGUCUGAUUGGCAGCCUGAGAGCGAGGCACAGCAGCAGACUGACCGGCCGUCUGCGCCUCGCCGCUGGUUCUCGGUGACAUCCAAGGAUCAACCGAAGAAGGGUUUGAACCCUGAUGCGAAGGCAUUCAAUUUCGGGAGGAAGAAGUCAUUCGGCCCCAUAGGAUCGAGGCCCUCUCCGGCGGGCGCCCUUCCCACCCCGCCUGCCUCCUUCAACUUUGAUCCUCUCAGUCCGUCCGGCCUUGUGUCCAGUGGCAUGCCUGCCACGCCCCUCACCGGGAACUCGCUGUUCUCGUCCAUGUCAAUCCGUGCGUUCGCCCCUUCCCCGGAGGAGAGGGAGGCGUUGCAACGGGCUCUGGGGGGUUCGACGAACACGAGUUUGGAGCGCCUACCUAGCCUGGCUGACGUUGGCACGCUCCCACCCUCUCCCCCGCAUGUUCACGGUGUUGCCUCCCAGUUCCCGAAAGCGCCGUUGAUGGACGGGAUUCCCGCCGGCAUGCCCCGACGGUCUUGGUUCCCUGCCUUGCCCCUUGGGCGGAAGCCAAAGUUUAGCCCAUGGGACGACGAGGAGCCCUCAGGGGAGAAGUCGGGGAUGGAGGACAAGAAUGAGCCUAGCGCGUUGUAGGGUCGGGUCUGUAAGUGUUACAAGGGGGUAGUCAAGUGCUGUUCUGAAGGGCAUUGCUGUGUUGUUAAAUAAGAAGAGGGGUGAUUCAUACAUCCAGUACUAUAUAUAUUUACGACGAGAAUGACAACGAAUUCCAAUAACACAUUCCGCUGCACAGUAGGCGCGAAUGAAUGCUUCCG